AUGAUGAAUAUAUUACUCUUUGUCCUGUUUUUGGUGAAUAGUCAUGCUAAUCGUAGAGUUCAUGGCAUUCAAAAUAACCUGAAAGAAGAUUUGGAAUUGGAGAGACAACUAAAGAUCAUCAAUAAGCCUCCAAUCAAGACUAUUCAUGUAUUUCAUAAUCUUCUCAUAUUUCAUCACAUGCUUCCUUCUAUUUAUCACACUGCAUCAUUAAUAAUUUUUUUCACAGAAUUUGGUGACAUUGUUGAUUGCAUCGACAUUUACAAACAACCAGCAUUCGACCAUCCUUUACUAAAGGACCAUAAGUUGCAGAUGAAACCCAGUUUUCAAAAUUCAAUUGAAAAAACCAAUGUGAACAAUUCAGGAACUGGAUCCAUGUUUGGAUUGGGCAAGGACAAAUGUCCAACAGGAACGGUUCCGAUUUUGAGAAUCACAAAAGAUGAUCUCAUUCGACAAAAAUCAUUAUCAGAUGACGAUAUAUUAGUUCAAGGCCUCCCUGGAAUUCAUAAGGCAGCAGAAGUAUCUCUUUAUGUUAGUCAUAAAGUUGAUGCUAUUCAAACUACAUUCAAAGAAGAUUUGGAAUUGGAGGAACAACUAAGAAUCAUCAAUAAGCCUUCAGUGAAGACUAUUCAUGCGGAGUCUGGAGACAUUGUUGAUUGCAUCGAUAUUUACAAACAACCAGCUUUCGAUCAUCCUUUACUAAAGGAUCAUAAGUUGCAGAUGAAACCCACCUUUCAAAAUUCAAUGAAGAAAACAAAUGUGAACAAUUCACGAAUUAGAUCCAUGUUUGGACUUGGUAAAGAAAAAUGUCCGAGAGGAACUGUUCCCAUUUUGAGAACAAGAAAAGAUGAUUUGAUGAGAGAAAAGUCGUCACUGAAUAAUCAUAUAUUGCUUCAAGGUAUCCCUGGUGUUCAUCUUGCAGAAGUAUCUCUUCGACCACGUUAUGGUCCUUAUUAUGGAGUUAGUGGAAUAAAUAGUGUAUAUAAUCCACGAAUUACUGAUAAGCGUCAAAUCUCCAUGUCUCAUAUAUGGGUUGAAAAUGGGCCCAAGGAAUCUACCAACAAAAUCUCUGCAGGAUGGCAUAGGGAUAAUUACGUAAAGACAGGAUGCUACAAUAUUCGAUGUUCAGGUUUUGUUCAAACUGGGAAAAAGAACUACCUUGGUGCACGUCUACCCAACAUUUCUAUCUAUGGAGGACCAACUUAUGAGUUUGCGGUUUCUAUUUCUCAGGAUCCAGUGACAAAAAAUUGGUGGUUAAGUGUGGACAAUUCAAAUCUUGGAUAUUUUCCAGCAGCAUUGUUCCCCAAUUUGGGCUCGGCAGAUAUAGUGGGGUGGGGUGGAAGAACAAGAACUUCAUAUGGAAAUCGUAGUCCUCAAAUGGGAUCUGGUUAUUUUCCUGCAAGAGGUCUUCGUGCAUGUUAUUUUAGAGAAAUAUCGAUUCUGGAUUCAUCAAGAAAAAGUCAUGGACCUGAAACAGAUCAAACAGAGCCUUUCACUGACAUAGCUAGUUGUUAUGGUGUUAUUUACUAUGGAUAUCAAGGAGUCGACAUUGGUUAUGUUCUCCUCUUUGGAGGACCCGGUGGCUAUUGUGGAAAUUAA